AUUGGAUUCAAAGGAAUUUUUCUCUAUUUGCUCCAGCGGGGCUUCGCCGAUAAAGUUCUUUGGAGAUUUUUCAGCUAGCUCGCAAUUUUUUGUGUUUAUUGGCGUCUUUACUCUUCUUUACUGCUUAAUAGCGUUAGCAUUCUAUCUAUUUAAACGUCAAUUGUAUGAUACAAAACCUGAAUUCGCUAAAUUAGACUUUGCCUUAUCCGUUUUAAUAAUAUUUUUCUGGCUUGUGGGAUCCAUUGUUUGGGCGGAUGGUGUCGUUAAUUUGAAAUAUUAUACUGGCGCUAAUCGUUUAGGUAUAGAGCUCAAGCAUAUGGUGCCCCAGGUAACAAAGGUCUACCAAUUAGACGAUCCUACGUAUGGUGCCGCCAAUGUUUCAUUAGUAUUCGGAUUCGCUAACUUUCUGCUUUGGCUGCCAAGCCUCUGGUUUGUCUGGAAGGAAACUGGCUGGUUCAGCAGUCAAAGCAGGUUUAUUGAUUCUGAAACAAGUAAUAUGGUUGAUGGCUCCAGCAUGUAA